AUGGCCGCUGUGACGUAUCGUGAAAUUGAUUGUUAUAUUGUGGACAAGACAGCAAGUUUUGUGGCAAGAAAUGGACCUGAAUUUGAAUCGAGAAUCCGACAGAAUGAGAUCAACAAUCCAAAGUUCAAUUUCUUGAACAAUGGCGAUCCAUACAAUGCCUACUUCCAGCACAAAGUUAAAGAAUUUAAAGAAUCACUAGGCAAAGGUGCUGAGCUGGCUAUUACACCAUUUCCUUCUGCUAUUACUCCUGCACCUCAAAAGCCCAAACCUUUGAUGCAGCAACAGGUUACAAUUCCUGAAUCAAUCAUUCCUAAAGAACCACCACCAGAGUUUGAAUUCAUGGCUGAGCCUCCAAGUAUUUCAGCAUUGGAUCUGUAAGUCCUAACAUUAUUAAC